AUGGUGAUCCAACAACCCUCCAACCAGAUCAAACUGACCAACGUCUCCCUUGUCCGGCUUAAAAAGGGCAAAAAACGCUUCGAGGUCGCCUGCUACAAGAACAAAGUCCUCGAAUGGCGGUCCGGCAUCGAGACUGACCUCGACAACGUCCUGCAGAUCCCCAACGUCUUUUUGAACGUGUCCAAGGGCCAGACGGCGCCGACGGCCGAGCUGCAAAAGGCCUUUGGCAAGGACACCUCGGUCAAUGACAUCAUCCUGGAGAUUCUCAAAAAGGGCGAAAUGCAGGUGGGCGAGAAGGAGCGCAGCGCGCAGCUGGAGCGCGUCCAUAACGAAGUCGUCUCCAUCGUCGCUAGCAAGCUGGUCGACCCGCGCACCAAGAAGGUCUACACCACCGGCAUGAUCGACAAGGCGCUGGACAUGCUCAGCUCGCAGGCGCAUCAGCUGCAGGAGAAGGAGAAGGAGAAGAAGGAUGCGGCCGCGAGCGGUACGGCGUCGCCGGCGACGGGCGAGAGCGGCGAGGCGAAGCCGCAGCCUACAAAGUCCCUACCCAUCUGGACCGGUGUUUCGACAAACAAGAGCGCAAAGUCGCAGGCGCUUGAGGCCAUGAAGGCGCUUGUUGCCCAUCAGCCUAUACCCGUUGCCAGGGCGAGGAUGAGGUUACGCAUCACUUGCACGACCAAUGUGCUCAAACAGGCCGUCAAGGCUCCCAAGGGGGAGGCCAACAAGGAUGGCGAGGAGGGAGAGAAGAAGGCACCCGGAACGGUCAAGGACAAGAUUCUCAGCUUCGUUGAGCAGGUUGAGAGCCAAGAUGUCAUGGGCCAAGAGUGGGAACUGGUGGGCUUCGUAGAGCCCGGUGCUUUCAAAAUCUUGUCUGACUUCAUCGGAAGCGAAACCAAGGGACAGGGAAGAGUAGAGGUCCUGGAUAUGGCCGUCACUCACGAAGAUUAA